AUGGCAAUUGGAGCCCGAGUCAACGUGAAUGUUGAGCACAAAUCAGUCAAGAUGGUUAACCUGAGGACCCAGAAGCGUCUGGCGGCGUCCGUCCUGGGCUGCGGCCAACGCAAGAUCUGGCUGGAUCCCAAUGAGGUCAGCGAGAUCUCCAACGCCAACUCACGGCAGACGAUCCGCAAGCUCGCCGCCGAUGGCCUCAUCAUCAAGAAGCCCGUCACCAUGCACUCGCGCUCGCGCGCCCGCGAGCUGAACCUCGCCCGCCGCAUCGGCCGCCACCGCGGCUUCGGUAAGCGCAAGGGUACCGCAGAUGCCCGUAUGCCCGAGCAAGUUCUGUGGAUGCGCCGCCAGCGCGUCCUCCGCCGUCUACUGGUCAAGUACCGCGCCAGCGGCAAGAUCGACAAGCACCUCUACCACGAGUUGUACCACCUCGCCAAGGGUAACACCUUCAAGCACAAGCGGGCGCUCGUUGAGCACAUUCACCGGGCCAAGGCGGAGAAGGCGCGUGAGAGGCAGAUCAAGGAGGAAAUGGAUGCCAAGCGCGCGAGGACCAAGGCGGCGCGCGAGCGCAAGCAGGAGAGGCAGGCGGCGAAGCGGAACGCGAUGCUGGGCGAGGGCGAGGAGGAAUCCAAGUAG